AUGGAACUUGUAUUUGUGCGAAAAUUCCCAGAGGCACUGCAACACUGGAAAACAACAGGAGCAGGCCUACUCACACGAAUGCAGGCAUUAGAACCGUAUCCAGCAAGGAGUGGUGCGAAACUUUCCGCUGAAGAUGCUGAAUACGAACAGGCGAAGGAGUUUUUGAAAACUCUUGAUUCGAGUGAAAAUCCAAGUAUUGUAAGUUUAUUCAAUAUAUCUCUUGUUUUUUAA